UCUGUCCUCUUGUUGGCUAGUUUCCUCCAUGAUGCUAACUUGAACAAGUUGUCGGACCAAAGCACAGCCUAAUGUGUUGGUUCAGGAGAGUGUGUAGUUAGCGGCAGGUAACGGACUCGUGUUACUUGUGUCUUCUUUUACUGUCACGAAUUUUUAAAGUUGAUAAUUAACGAAGAGCAAAAGCUGUUGCUGAUAUUAGCAGGUGGCAUAACUAGCAUAACAUGGAGAGCUGCACAGCACUGUUGAAAACACUGUGAGGAAAGUUAACGAGGACAACAAACAGCAUGACUGGCGCUACGGGAGGCUACGUUACCUAAUAUUUACUCAUACUGUAAAUAGUAUGGACGAACUGCCAUUCCUCUACCUGCGGAUAUGGACUGUCUAGCUUAAAGAGCAAACGGGCAAACAGCUCGAGGCCACCGGGGAGCCACUAAGCAGAGGACUCAGGGAUUAUACACACUGUCAUCUUUUUACGACACACCUGUAUUCGCUCUUUCUGAAGGCUGAAGCUUCCUUUUCUUUCUGCUGGUGGAUGUGUCUGCAGUAGUGGCUGUAUGAGGAGAUGAGACUACACAGGGUGUUGCUGGCUGGCUGUAUAAACUGCAGCAGGAUGUAUCUGCCAUUUGGUGGCAACUUUUAUCCAAAGCUUCUUUCUAGCUCUGUGUGUUGUUUUUCCUCAAGAAUGAGUGGAACUCGAAACCGUAUGCUUUGUAGUGCUCGCACAGUAGUCUACCCACUGAAGUACGCUGUGCCAUGUGGAAAUAGGAAACUGGGACUGUACUGCAGGAGUUACAGUGGUGCUGGUUCAAAUACACUCUGCGGUCAAUCACUGGCAAAAUGUCAGCCCACAAGAUUUCAGUCUGAUGUGGUGAGGAAGGAGAACCUGUUGCAAGAAGGUGCAACACAGCCUGUGUCCUUUAUCCGCCACAGAGUGACAGACAUUUCCAGUGUGUCUCCAGCUUUUAUAGUGAUGAAUUUCGACCAAGAGGGAAAUGUGACAACAUUUGAGAAAAAGAAAACUGAGCUUUGCCAGGAGCUAAGUCUUCAGGCCAGAGACCUUCGUUUUCAGCACAGCACUUGCCUCAUACCUAGAAACAACUGCAUUAUCAUACGAAUGGAGUAUUUGAAAGCCAUCGUGACCCCGCAGUCGCUGUUGGUGUUGGAUUUCCGAGGUUUCGGGCUGGAGCGAUGGCUGGUGCUGGAACUGGCCCCUCAGCUGGCAUCACAAUCACACUCACUGCCCUUCGAGUUCAGAGCACUGGAGGCCAUCCUGCAGCACAAGGUAAACACUUUACAAGCUCGGCUGAAUGAGGUCGAACCAGUAAUGUUGGACACAUUGGAAUCCUUGGUGGAUCCUAAAAUCCUUUCCGUUGAUAGAAGUAAACUACAUAUACUGCUGCAGAACAGCAAGAGCUUAUCAGAGUUGGAGACGGACAUAAAAGUCUUUAAGGACACCUUGCUGAAGAUUUUGGAUGAGGACGAGAUCAUUGAAGAACUUUGUCUGACCAAGUGGACAGACCCGAGAGUUUUUGAGGAGAGCAGUUUGGGUAUUGACCACGCUGAGGAGAUGGAACUGCUAUUGGAGAAUUACUUUAUGCAGGCUGAGGAGAUGGGGAAUAAAACCAGAGAGCUGAAAGGGCUGAUAGACGACUCUGAAAGUGUUGUCUUUAUCAAUCUGGACAGCCAUCGUAACGUGAUGAUGCGCCUGAAUCUGCAGCUGGCGAUGGGUUCCUUCUCCCUCUCCUUAUUCGGUCUGAUAGGGGUGGCCUUUGGAAUGAAUUUGGAGUCGUCCUUCGAAGAGGACCCUUGUGUUUUCUGGAUGGUAACUGGCUUCAUGUUCCUGGGCAGUGGGCUCAUAUGGAGACGACUGCUGUCAUUUUUGGGACGACAUCUGGAGCCUUCAGUUCCCCCAAUAAUCCCUCAAGUUUGGAAGAGAAACAUGAAAGCGUCGGACAUCAAGGCGGGAAUCAGAUGAUGUUCUACCUCCGCUCUGUGAAAUGCCACAAACCUCCUACAGACUCUGCGGCUUUAGAGACGAUUGUUUUACCACCCUGGAUCUCCUGAGCUCUCUACAAAGGCUUUUCAUUUAGUAGCACACUUUAUUGUUUUGCUCUGCCAUGCCUACAGCAGAGGUUGAGACAGAAUCCAAAUGUUUGGAGACUCUGUGUUGUGUGUGCUGUGGUGUCCCCAUCGUUACAAUUCUCAUAGUAUGUUGGGGUGAUUUCAGAUACUUGAGCAGAUGUCUUCAUGUCGGAUCACAUCAUAUCUUCAUGUGUUGAUUAAACACGUAGGCAUAGAGUACUGCUCUGUCAUCAGUGGUUUUAGAGCAGUGCGUGGAUGUGUGGGCGAGUGGCAGCAGUUGGUACUGAAACGGAAAAUAACCCAACUAAUAUGAUACAUGCUACAUGCUUACCUAAUUACAUACUGUUGGUGAAAAACUUCUGUUAAAAGAUUUAAAUCAUAUUAUUUAAAUUAAUGUAAACCAAAUGAUUGUGUAAAGUCUAUUGUGAAGCUGUAUAAAGUGUUAUUUUCUCCAUGCUCUGUAGGUAUGUAAGAAUUUGCCUUUGUUAAGCUCAGUUACAGUGUGCAGCAGUGUGACAUCAGUCAGACAGUAAGGACUUUAUGAAACAUUAAUUGCUCAGCAAAACAGGGAUUUCUGAGAUGAUAAUCUGAUAAUUGAUGUGACUGUCAACAUGACUAAUUAGAAGUGGUGACACACCACAUAAUAUGAUGUAUUUCUGAUGGAACAAUGGCUGAACUGCCUCUGCUUUCUUUCUGAAAGAAGCAUAUUGCCAGUUUUGUUUUGUUGAUAUUGUGUGUCACUUUGCCACUGUGCGUGUCUUAAAUUGAUGUUUGCCCCCAAAUUAAAAGGGGCUCAACACACUAGGAACUUUCAAGACUGUGACAUGAGAGCUGUUGUUGACUUUGUCUUGUUCCUUUUUGCAUUGAAGAUAGUGAUCAAAAUGUUAAAAGGCAGAACCUCAAUGAAAACAUGUAGAAACCAUCCACCAAAGGAAAGCUUUGCCAUUCUUGUCAUGCUGCGACAUGAUGCACAUUGACAGCCCAUGCCUUACAGCUGUAGGUGUCAAGAACCCCCAGAGGGAAGCAGAAAAAAACAACACAUUUAAGCUACCAAAAAAUCUGAAAUUUCCUGUCAUACUAGUUUAUUAAAUAAUUUAUAUUAAAAAAAGAAUUACCUCCAUGGUUGAACUCAUCAAAGCUGAUAGACAUUAUGCAACACAUGACGAGGAACCACUAAAAAGUUUAAUUUUCAGGGAUCACAAGCCCCUAAAUGUUUGUUAUUUUUCUAACAAAUCCAGCCUUCACCUUUUGACUGUUUUAUCUCUGCAUAAUAUUUAAUGCCUAUUAAAAAAAAAUAAUCACCA